AUGGGUGUCACCGGUCUCUGGACCGUCCUGCAGCCCUGCGCCCGCCCCAUCAAGAUCGAAACGCUGAACAAAAAGCGCCUCGCCGUCGAUGCCUCCAUCUGGAUCUACCAGUUCCUCAAAGCCGUGCGCGACAAAGAGGGCAAUGCUCUCCGCAACUCACACAUCGUCGGCUUCUUCCGAAGAAUAUGCAAGCUCCUCUUCUUCGGCAUCAAGCCUGUCUUCGUGUUCGACGGCGGCGCACCGGCUCUCAAGAGGCAGACCAUCAGCAACCGCAAAUCGAGACGGGAAGGGAGGAGAGAGGAUGCGGUGCGCACGGCUGGAAAGCUGUUAGCGCUGCAGAUGCAGAGAGUUGCCGAGGAAGAGGAGAAGAAGCGGAAAGAGGCUGCACGGCAACCGAGAGAAGAGGCAGAAGAGGAGAUACCCGACAACCUUGUGUAUGCGGAGGAAGUCAUACAGACGCAACAGGAGCGCCUCGCGAACCGCAAGUUCAAGCGCAAAGAUCAGUACCAUCUUCCCGACCUCGGCACCUCGAUCGCAGAGAUGGGCGGUGCGAACGAUCCACGCAUAAUGAGUUUGGAAGAGCUGGAGCAUUAUGCGCGGCAGUUUGAUAGUGGCGAGGAUAUCAAUGUGUACGAUUUCUCGAAGAUUGACUUCGAUAGUGCGUUCUUUACGAGCUUGCCUGCGUCCGAUCGUUACAAUAUUCUGAACGCUGCGAGGUUACGGAGCAGGCUGAGGAUGGGAUACUCGAAAGACCAGCUGGAUAUCAUGUUUCCCGACCGCAUGGCCUUUUCGAAGUUUCAGAUUGAGAGAGUAAGGGAGAGAAACGAGCUUACGCAGAGGCUGAUGAACAUCAAUGGGAUGAGCGAUGAUUCUAUGUUUGGAGCUGGUGCUGCUAGCCGGAUUGCUGGCGACAAGGGGAGGGAAUACGUGCUUGUGAAGAAUGACGGAGUAGAGGGAGGUUGGGCGUUAGGUGUGGUCACGAACAGAGAUGAGGGUAAGGCGGAUAAGCCGAUCGAUGUGGAUAAUAUACCGGUUCAGAAUCUUGAUGAGGAUGAGGAGUGGGAAGAAGAGGAAGACUUCGAAGAUGUGCCGAUCGAAGGUUUGAAUCGGCUGCCAAAGCCACCGCCUGGAAUGACUGCGCGUGAUCGAGAAGGCCAAGAUUUUAUUUCCCAAGAGCUUAUGAAUAGGCGUCAGAAAUUUUAUGCUUCUCGCAAAGCCAGGCCGUCAAAGCUGAGAGCGCCUGGGCCAGCGAGGCCUGCGCCCGUCAACCAGGACCCCGACUCACUAUUUCUGGCGGAAGGUGGCGAGCAGCAGGAAUGGGAGGAUGUACCAGCAGCAGACGAGAACGAUGCAGCUGAGGAGCCUGUAGGAGACGACGAAGAGGAACGACAACUGCAGCAGGCCAUUGCUCUGUCCAUGGGGCAGAAUGGCGCGGUAGAAGAGGAAGCAGAGCAGGAAUCCGAAGAAGAGGAUAUCUACCGCGAAGUGUUCCAACAAGAACGGGCGAAAGAAACGAAUCCUUUCGCGGGCACUAAAGGCUCGGGCAUGGCUAUCGCACGAUUGGCAAAUCAAAGAAGCAGCAAAGUGGCACCUGCUCCUGGACCUUUCACUGGCAGCGAUAGCGAGGAUGACGAUAUGGAUCUCCAAGCAGCACUGACUGAAUCUAGGAAGUCAAAGCGGCCUGCCACUACGAUACAUCCUACACCGAAGUCGCCUCCUAGAAUCAGGAUGGCUUCACCGGCGGCCAAGCCAAAGUCUGCUAAGUUGACAAAUGCGCCAGGAUUUGACGGCCCGCUGCCAUUCGAGAAGCUCAGUCUUGGUAACUCUCUUUUGGGCAAGAAAAAAAUGGAGAAGCUUGAGGCAGAAAAUGCAGGUGGCUUCGAAAAGGAUUUGGGAGACAAGAAGAAGAACGAAGAUGCACCGCUCCCUCCAUGGUUUGGUGGUGGCGAGCGAAACAUCGAGGAAGAGUUAAAGGCGAAUAGAGAGGAUGCGAAGAAGGAAUGGGAACGGGCGCGCAAGGAAGAGGCUGAGCAGUUUCAAUUCCAAGAAAUUCCACGCCUACGCAAGCAUGAUACUCAAGAGGUGAUCGACCUGGAAGACGUCAAUACACAGGAGAAGCCAAAAGAGAUUAUGACCAUCCAAUCAGACGACGAUGACGACGCUGAGAUGGAGGAUGUCGUAGUCGUGGACUCAAAACUACGCAUGGGUGACUUAGCUGACAAGGCUCGAGCAGAGCCUCCUCGUUCCCUCAGAGGAGACCAGCCCCAACCGCCAAAACAAGAUAAGUCGCUAGUUGGAAAGGGUCCUUUUGCAGAAGACUCGGAUGGGCCGAUCGAUUGGUCGGAAAGUGAACCUGAGGAUGAGCGACAGCAGCGUGCGCAGCAGCCAGCCAACCCGUUGUCACUUGGAUCAUCUAAGGUACCUUCGAAAUCACCGUCUCCGGAGUUUGAAGAUGUGCCAAUAGGGACUGAUCCUGCUGGUUCGGCCCCGGCAAAGUCACCAUCUCCAGAAUUUGAGGAUGUUCCACUCGAUACGGAGAACGAUACCGGUCCAGCACCUGCUACAUCACCAUCUCCUGAAUUUGAAGACGUACCCUUAGAACUCGCACCAGCGCCUCCACGCGGCCGUUCGCCAUCUCCAUUCGCACUAGGAGGCGCCGACGAGCUCGAAGCACCCGUUGUACCUUACAGCGGCACAGCCGACGACAACGCCCCCAUCGAUAUCCCUGAUAACGCCUCUGAACAGUAUUCCGAUCCCGAAGACGCAGAGCUCUUCGCCUCCCUCGCCGCGGAGGGCGAAGAACACGCUCGAUUUGCGCAAGAGCUUACCAACAAUUCGCGCCCUCGAGUCAAUUUUGAUGAAGAGCUCAAGCAGCUACGUGCACAGCAGAAAAAGGACCGGCGAGACGCAGACGAGGUUACGCAGACCAUGGUCGCGGAAUGCCAGCACUUACUCACGCUCUUCGGGCUCCCAUACGUCACCGCGCCCAUGGAGGCGGAAGCACAAUGUGCAGAACUCGUGCACCUCGGUCUCGUUGACGGCAUCGUAACAGACGAUUCCGAUACAUUCCUCUUUGGUGGCACCCGCGUCUACAAGAACAUGUUCAACGCCGCCAAGUUCGUCGAAUGCUACCUCGCCUCAGACCUUGCUAGCGAAUUUGCACUCACCCGCGAGAAACUAAUCGACAUCGCGCAGCUUCUUGGAAGCGAUUACACCACCGGCAUCCCCGGCAUCGGCCCCGUUACCGCGCUCGAACUCCUCAGCGAAUUCAAGGAUCUACCCGGCUUCAGAGAGUGGUGGGAUGGCGUCCAGAGCGGCUCUAUUUCUAAAGAAGCAGACAAGAAUUCGCAAUUUCGCCGUCGAUUCCGACGUACCCAGGCUACGAAGCUGUUCCUCCCGCCGGGCUUCCCUGAUCCGCGUGUUAAGGAAGCGUAUCUCAAGCCGGAGGUCGACAGCGAUCCUAUGCCAUUCCAAUGGGGCGUGCCUGAUCUCGAUGCGCUGAGAUCGUUUUUGAGCAGCCAGAUUGGGUGGAGUGCGGAACGCACAGACGAAGUCCUGGUACCAGUGAUCAAAGACCUGGCGAGGAGGGAGAAGGAGGGAACGCAGAGCAAUCUGACGAGAUUCUUUGAGGGGGGUGUUGGGGCGGGGGCAUUCGCACCUCGAGUACGUGGCGAAGUGGGGCAGCCGAGGGGUAAAGGUGCAGCGGGCAAGAGAUUGGGUGCCGCGUUAACGAAAUUGGCUCAGAGGGAGAAGGGUAAUGCGGGAGAUGGGGAAGCUGCUGGUGAUGAAGUGGAGGUUGUUGGGCAGAACGGAGGUGCGCAUGUGGAAGGGGAUGGGAACGCGUCGACGGAUGGUGGGACGAAGAGGAGACGCAAGGGUAGGAAAGCUGCGACUGAGGCAGUGGAUGAGGUCGAGGACGAGGACAACGAUGAGGCAUACUUCGAGCCGAAGAAGAAGAGGGCAAGGAAGAUUAAGAAAAAAGACUAG